ACCGCUAGAGAGAGCCGCCCGGCAGAAAGAAACAACGUGAACAAGGUGGAUUCGGCUGAGCUGCUUUGUGUUCUAACUAUUCCCCUUUUUUACGCUGAACAAACACCACACGCACAGACAACAGGAAUAUGAGCUUGUUUGUCGCGUUUUGUUCUAUUUGUGUUGGCGUUAUUUUCCCCGUUUUCUCAGAAAUGGAUUGGAAUCAGCGUUGCGAAGAAUGACUGACUGAGGAGCAUCAUUAUCUUCCUUCACCGGAAAUUCAUUCUUAAUGACACAAUUUGGAUAUACGAAUCUAAGUGUAUGGGACUAUUUUUUGUCAAAACGAUCUUGUGUUGGUUAAGAACACCUCGGACAUCAUGAGCUCUAAUGCAUAUCACCAAGGCUCAAUGGGAGGUGAGCCAAGCGGUGGGCCAAUCCGGUGUCAACGGUGUCGGGAAGUGUGCAAAGGAGAGGUGGUUCGAGUUCAAGAGACUCACUUUCAUGUCAAGUGUUUUACUUGCACAGUGUGUAACUGUGAUCUGGCAAGGUCAGGCUUUUUCCAGAAGAAGGGCGAGUACAUCUGCACAGCAGACUACCAGCGAUUGUAUGGCACACGCUGCGACCGCUGUGACAACUUCAUCACAGGCGAGGUGGUCUCUGCUCUGGGACGGACUUACCACCCCAAGUGCUUUGUCUGCAGUGUCUGCAGUAAACCUUUUCCCAUCGGAGACAGAGUGACAUUCAGCGGAAAGGACUGUGUGUGCCAGCAGUGCUCUCUAUCACUGGCCAAGCCAAAUGAACCUAUCAAAAUACAUGGGCCCAGCCACUGCGCCGGAUGUAGAGCAGAGAUCAAGCAAGGUCAGUCUCUCUUGGCAUUGGAGAAGCAAUGGCAUGUCAGCUGCUUCAGAUGUCAAACGUGCAACAUGGUCCUCACCGGAGAGUACAUCAGCAAGGACGGAGUUCCAUAUUGCGAGGCAGACUACCACGCCCAGUACGGGGUGAAAUGUGAGGGUUGCAGUAGAUAUAUAAGUGGAAGGGUUCUGGAGGCUGGAGGGAAGCACUACCAUCCAACCUGUGCCCGCUGUGCACGCUGUAACAUGAUGUUCAAAGAGGGAGAGGAAAUGUAUCUGACAGGGUGUGAGGUGUGGCACCCAUUAUGCAAGCAGGCCGCAAGAGCAGAGAGGAGACUCAGGCACAGACGCCUGUCAGAGACCUCCAUCUCUCCUCCAGGCUCCUCCAUUGGCUCUCCCAAUAGAGUUAUAUGUGCCAGAUGGGCGAAUGAGUUCCUAGAUUAUAAGGACCUAGCUGCCCUCCCAAAGAUCAAGGCCAUAUAUGAAGUCCAGCAGCCGGACCUCAUAUGUUCCUCUUACCAGCCCUACCAGAGAUACACCUCUGAUGACAGGCUAGACAUGACUUACAGCUAUGGGGAGUCACUUGGGACACUUUCUCCCUAUUCUCAGGACUACGGCUGCAUGGACAUAAAGCAGAGACGAUGCUCCAGUCCAGGUUACAUUGACUCCCCAACCUACAGUCGCCAAGGCAUGUCACCCAUCAUGCCUCGCUCUCCACAGCACUUCGGUUACCCUGGAUCUGAGAGUGGCAGAAGUUCACCUUACUACAGCCAAGAGGGGCGGUCCAAUACACCGACCCUCAUCCAGCCCCCAAAACAUUUUCAUGUACCAGCCACAGGGGAGCCCAACAUCUACAGGAAGCCUCCCAUCUAUAAGAGAACGGCAACCAAAAGUAGGACCAGUGAGGAUAUCCUAAGAUCCUCCAGAUUGUCCACCUACUCACCUGAGCCAUACACCCAGUCAGAGUGUGACUACUACCCAUACAGCAGCUCUCCACGAACCUAUCGGGUACCAAGGAGACGGUACUCAACUGGGGGAGAUGAAGAGAGUUGGAGUCACAGUCUUCAAAGAAUCGGGAGUGGCAUCGGGAGGAUGAUCCUUAAGGAGGAGAUGAAAGCUAGAUCUGGUUCUUACGACAAUGACCCCUGGGGCAGUGCAAGGAAUUCUCGUAGUGGGAGCAAGGAGACCCUCAACACAACAUGCUACAGCUCUACAGCUUACAACAACACUAUCAAUGGAUCUCCUCGGUCCCAAUAUGGCACUGAGAAUGAUUUUGUGUGCAAAUCUGCCUCACUUCCGGGUUAUGGACGCAAUGGUAUGCAACGGCCUCAGAGUGCUGACUGCUACCAAUACCAGUACGACAGCAACAGUGAAGUCAACUGGGGAAGCAGAGCGGAAUACAAGAUUUAUCCUUAUGAGGCGCUGAUUGUCACCACCAGAGGGAGGAAUAGACUUCCCAAAGAUGUUGAGAGAGCCAGACUAGAGCGACACCUGUCCCCAGAGGAGUUUGUCCAAGUGUUCGGCAUGACCAUUGAGGAUUUUGACAGGUUGGCUUUAUGGAAAAGGAACGAGCUAAAGAAACAAGCCCGACUAUUUUAAGAGUGUGUGGACAUCCAUUAAAUACUGCCAGACUGACAUCUAGAGAGAAACUGAUGAUCUAUGGAGAUUUCUGCACCGUUUCACUGCCAUAACUGAGAACAUGUUCUAGAUCUUCUCAAGCAACUGACCAAAUUGUGGGCAUACCAGUGAAAGCAAUACAGACUUGUAAGUGUAGAUGCCAUGUUGUGCUUUUCUUUAGGAAGGAGGAAGGCAUGUCUGCACCAUACAGAAUAAUAAUAAAGAAAAAAAAAAACAUAGCUGCCCAACUUUGACACUAGAAGGAGAAUUUUGGCUUUGCCUUAUUUGUUAUGCUUUUUAAAUAUAUUUUAUAAGUGUGCAGCACCAGCAAUCUGAAUAAGUAGAAUGUAGUUGCAGUACUUUAUUAGUCACUUUAUUAGUGCAAUUGAUACAUGAUGGGAGGUAAAAUACCAUUUUCUUUGUGCUUUUUCCAUUAUAUUUACUUCUUCCCCAUGAUUGUGCACUCUUACUCAGAAUACUGUGUUUAUUUAUACUGUUCUGACUAAUAACAAACAAGCAAUGGAAAGUGCUUCUAAACGUAUUUGACUUAAACAUGAAAAACCAAAGUGGGCAAAUACAGAUUAGCAGUACACACUGCCACCUAUUCAAAGUAAAUGGCAAUGCAUUUACUGUGUCGUAAUAUUUAUUAAUGUGCAAUAGACGUAACUGAUAACAGAAGGCAAGCCACAGAAACAAUGCUGUCUUCUAUCUGUUGGAGUUCAUUGCAAAUUUGCAACAGAGUGUUGGGGAUCGUGGUCAUCCAAAAAACAUCCAAAAAUGGCUAUCCAAUAAUUUUGUAGUCAUUAUAAGGGUUAUGAAUUAUGAUGAGUAACAAAGAAAGAAUUUCACGUUGCUAAAGAGCUGAAAUUUGUUGACGUUUUUCCUUUCAACUGAUGCUUUGGAGUUUAUUUCUAAAAAUUAAAUUGAAAUUGCAAUUCCCUCUUUUGCUUACUCUUUGUGUUUAUAUUUUGAAAUUAGUAAUGCAAAAUUAUUACAGCACAAAAUUUCUCCAUCCUUCUGAGCAUUUACAUUGCUAACCAUUUUAAAUAUAUAUUUAAUAUUUUUGAAUUGCAAUAAAUUACUGAGAUGAUUUAACUUUAAUUAGUUGAAAUUAAUUUGAUUCUGUUGAAAUGAGGAUUAAUUGUAUUAUUUUUAUCUCAUUAAUGAUUCCUCUUUCCGUGUUAUAAAUCAAAUGUGCUGCAUGAGCACACAUUUUUCUUGAAGAACCUUGAACGGUACUGCAUUGUUACCAAUGCUAAAUUUGGUUUGUCUACAUAAAUAUGCAGACAUUUUUAUAUUAAUAACAGGUUUUAAAAACGCAUUUAAAAUUUCUUCUUGAUUUAAGGUAAUAGAUAACUCGUUAAUUAUUCAAUAAAAAAAAAAAAAAAACUAAUUUUUUUGUUGUAUUUUUUUAAUGAAAAACAAAUUGUACAUGUAACCAUUAUUUAUUUGGGUAUUAUUUAUCUCAUAAGAUAAUCGGUUGUUGUAAAUAGUGGGAGAGAGAAGUAUCUUUCUAUGACUAUAAUCAAGGACGUAGGUUUGCAUAGGGACGGUAGUAGAGACAUAACACUACCAACUUUUCAGGAUGCUCAACUUUUAAGCAACCUUAUUCGCAUUAUUAAAAUAAGUUGUAUAGGUCAUUUACAUUGUCUUCCAAUAUGUUGUAAGGACAGAAUUGACCCUACCAUUAUUAAGUGAUUUUUUAAAAUUAUGCUUAGACUUACAAUUAACCCUUUUCUCUUGCUGAAUGCACCGGGUUUUUUUUCCUUAAAUGCACUUUUGAUCGGCUGAUGACUUAACCCAACAACAAACACACACACUCAUACGCACACACAAACUCGAAAUAAGUAUGUGGACAACAUGCUGCCUCCUCUGCUCUCUCCAAAGAAGAGGCAUAUUAGAAGUUUUUUUUUCUGGCCAGCAGCAGCCACUGUAAGUAAUGUGAAAAGACAUCUAUCUCGUGGUGGUGGGGAACACACCACUAAAUUUGCUACUGAAAGUCCGACCUGCAUCAGAUUUUGCAUAACAUCAAACUGUGGGAACUUGCUAACCUGCAAAACUCGAUAGGAAGCUGCUUAGAGAGAGGUAUUUUCCACUGUAAACCUUCAUUAACUGUGAGAAACUGUUUUUUCCAUAAUUGCGCAACACACUGAUGCACUUUAGAGAUGAAAACAAGGGGGAAGAAGGUGAAGGACAACCAAAUAAAGCAAUGUAUUACUCUUGUGGUGAAGGGCAA